AUGACAGAAAUAGCCGAUAAUAAUUCAUCAUCACCAACAACACCACAUAUAACACUUUCACAUGAUGGUUCAACUCAAGACAUUUAUGUUUCAUCCACGGCUGCUGCUGCAACCUCAUCGCCAAAACGGAGAUCUUUAAAUAACAGCGUGUCAGUAACGCAAUUAAAAAAACAAUUGUUGGAACAAUUUAACGAACAAGCCGAUCAAAUACAAAUGACGGCCGAGUUAGGUGCUGCACUUGUAAAACAACAGGCUGAAUUGGAACAACGAAUUAAUGAGUUGAAUCAGACUGAAGGUGACGAGGUACCUUUAGAGUUGAAAAAUAAAUUGGAUGAACUUGAGCGUGAAGCAAAGAAUUUAGAUGCAAAUACUGCAAAAGUUUUCUUGGGCGCUAAAGGAUCAUCUCAAAAUGAUACACCUGCCGUAACAGCAUCCUCGCGUAGACGCGAUAUGUCAAGACAAAAAGGCAGAACAAAAGAUAUCGAAUUUGCCACUGAGAUAGGUCAAGGUUUAUUGGUGGAGGUCAGACGUUUACAAGCAUUGUUACAAGAAAAAGAGGAGAGGAUAAAGGAACUUGAAACUGAUAAAAGUGAAUUAGAAAGAAAUAUUGAAUUACUUAAUAAACAACUUCGUGCCAAAGAAGAAAAUGAAGAACAAUAUAAAGAAGAAAAUUGGAACCUUGAAUUGUCAAGACAAGAUUUAAAUUCUCAAGUAAUUGAACUUCAAAGUCAAUUCACAAAAUCACAUAGCGACUAUCAAAAAUUGGAAAGAGCGUUAGCUAUUGCUACUGAUGUAAUAGAACAACUCAAAGAUAAAGAAGAAGUAUUAACGAACAAUUUUGAAACUUUGAAAAAUCGCCAUGAUCAAGAUAUGGCCAAUAACCGUAGACAUAUCAGCGCUGUCAAUCGUGAAAAAAAUGAUAUGAGUAAAACCAUCGAGGAAUUAAAAAGUAAAUUAGAUAAUUUGAUGGUUGCAAGAAGCCUACGUAAUAAACGUAAUCCAGAUCAAAAAAAUAGCAUUCAUAAAUCAUUAAUGGGUAAAAAUUUAAAUAUCGAACUCGAGACUUUGAAAGCUCUUAAUAUCUCUAACCGUAUGGUCGGUAAUCUCAGAGCAAACUUGCAAAAAGAAAAAAGUGAAAAAUAUGAACUUAAAAAAUUAUUGGCCGAAAGUCAAGAAUUAAUUGAAAUGAUGAGAUAUGAAACUGAAUUUCAUGAUCCUACCUCCAUCAAUUCCGGCAUGUUCAAAAAUCGUCGUUCAAGCAGUCGUUUCAAGCGUUCAUCAUCUGCGAGUAAUAGAUCUGUUCGUAACCAUGAAACUUUGAUGGAAGAAGGUUUUGGUGACAAUGGUGUAGUCAAUGGUGUUUACGGUGCUGAUGAUGACCAAUCAAUGAUUUUUCCCAAUGGUGCUAAUGGUGAAAUGGGCUAUGAUGAUAUCAAUAAAAAUAACCGUCCUUCGUCUGAUAUGUUUAGACCUCAUGGUUGGAAAUCUGGUGUUAAGAGCAGAGGUUCAGUAAGAAGUUCCAUAAUGUCAAGUAGAAUUGAUGAGGACAUAGUUCCUGGGGAGUCAGAUGAAGAAUAUGAUACUAAAGAUGGCGAGGUUGCUGCUGCUAGAGCUGAAGCAUUAAAUAAUUUGACAAAAUCUGAUGAACAAUUUACAACUUCUCAAUCAUCCCGAUCAUCCCGAUCAUCCAGAUUUUCCAGAAUUUCUCGUCAAAUAUUAUCAGAAGAACCCGAUUCAAUUGUUGAAAUACUUUCAAACGAAUCUCAAUCAAUUCGUGACUCAAACAGUAGAGAUUCAAUUGUUCGCAAACGUAUAAGUGAAUAUGAUGAUAUUUCAAAACAAAUAAUUGAUUCUGUUGAUAAAGAAGGCAAUCCGAAAUUAUAUCUUGAUGAUGAUAACGAUGACGUUUCAUCAGUAGAUUCGUUUGCUUCCGCCAACGAACCCGAUGACAUUGAGUUUGGUUCUAAAAGAGCUUCUACCAAUUCCAGACGAGAAUCUAAAAAAUUCUCAAAACGUGAAUCAAGUAUUUCGCCAUUAUUAAAUAAAAAACAUUCAAUCAUCAUUCCUGAAGAAGCAUUGCCACCGUUACCAAAGAAAGUAUUCAGGGAUAUUUCAGUACAAACAGAUAAAGUAAUCGAACCUGUUCCAACCAUAUCAACAUCAUCUAAAACUGACUCGAUGUGUACCUUCAACACAGGAAAAUUCACAUUUGGUGAACGUGAUACUAUGGCUUAUGAAAAUUCAAAGAGUGACGUGUCGAGUAUUCGUCAAUCAAAUCAAUUAAAUGAUAAUACUAGUAACAAUAGUCGUACUAAUAGUAUUAAUAGUAUGAUCGGUAAUAAUAAUGAUAAAAAUCGAUUUACAUUGGAUUUAAGUUCCCCAGCAAACAAAUCACAAAAUAACAAUAAUCAACCAAAACGUCCAUUAACUGUAAGUUUUGGGCAACAAGCGGGAUCUCCUCAAUUACCAAAUCAUCCAUUGCAAGAUUCAGACAAUUCCAAGCAAAACGAUUCAAAUUCUAAUAACAACAAUAAUGUAAAUGAUCCAAAUACUUUACAUCAACGAUCGCCAAGUUCUGACUCUAUAUCAACAGUUAGCACUACAUCAACUUCAUCUGACCAAAAACGUAGAUCCGAUGCCUCCUAUAUGGAUACAAAUGGAACUAGUCCGAUUGUUGGUCCCACACCAGGAACAGAUCCGACAAUCAUUCAUGCUAUAACUCAAACUAUGAUCGGUGAAUAUCUAUGGAAGUACACUAGACGUAAUUUUGGUGCUGGUAUAUCAGAAAAAAGACAUAAAAGAUUCUUCUGGGUACAUCCUUAUACAAAAACAUUAUAUUGGAGUAGUAAGGAUCCUGGAAACAAUGAACCAAUUGAUCCCAAAAUUAAAAGUGGAAUGUCUUAUUUUGCAUAUAUUGAGUCUGUUAGACAAGUAGUAGAUCAUAACCCAUCACCUCCAGGUUUACAUCAUAUGAGUUUAAUUAUUAAAACUCCAGAACGUGAAUUAAAAUUCACAGCUCAAUCAAAAGAAAGACAUGAAUAUUGGUUCCAGGCGUUAAAUUACUUAUUACAAAGGCCUGAAGAUUCGAUGCAAAAUGAAGCAUGGGAUGGUCAAUCAGAUGCAAGAAAUCUCAAUAUUAAUAAUUCGAACCAGAAUGGCGACAAUAAUAUUAGAGAAAUAAAGAAAAAAUCUAGUUUUAGUAAACUUCAAUCAAUAUUUAGAAGAGACGGUACAGGAACAGGAGCAGCAGCAUAUUCACAAUGUUGUGAUGGAAAACAUGAUAUUGGUAAAUUAGAACAUCAUAAACAUUUUUAA